CACACACACACACACACACGCACACACUCACACUCUGCCCUGCCCCCUGAAGAACACAGGCAGGGGGUGGGUGUGUGUGGGUGGGUUUCCCCAACUAUUUAAACAGAUUCCAGCAGAUGGUCCAGAAACUUUCCUCCUGGAGUCACGUCCUUCACAACAGACCUGACUACUUCUUCUUCACUUCUCUCCCCCUCCCCUCUCUUUCGUGACCAUCUAAAAACGACUUUCAGAGAGCCAGACUGAAAUCUUUUUCCAGACCCCUGAACCUUUCCUCUGUUGUCUGAGCUCCCCAAACGCUAGACUUUGUCCAUCUCUCUUCGUUGUCUUUGGACCCAGGAACUUAUUUUUUUCCUCUCCUCUGCGAGGACGGUGGAGCAAACCAUGCCCUCCGACUUUCUAACACCUUUCCUGGAACUGGAUGAGGAGUUCUGCAAGAAUUUCCGCGGCCUGGAGACGACAGAUGGCUCGUCUGCCGUCUCACAGCAGCAACGGCAGCAGCACAGUCAAAGAGUCCUGGGCUUCCAGCGUCGCCAUUCUCUCUGCCCCGUGACCCUCCCCAACUCCAAGUUCAACAACAGCAGCAGCAGCAGCAGCAGCAGCAGCAGCUCUGAGGUGACCGAGUCAGCCUGCUGGGGGCUGAACAUGACCUCCACCCAGCAGUGGAGCAGGGAGAGUCAGCUACCCCGUUCCUCUCUGAGCCACAUCCCCUUCAGGGUGGACCGCUCAAUCAGCAUGAUCGAGGGCAACGGCAGCAGCUUCGCAGGAAGCAGAGAGGACAAAAUGACUAACAUGUCCCCAACAGUGCUGCUCCCUCCACCAGGCCUCUGCAUCAGCAACACCUCUAUCUCCUCCACUGCUUCCGCCUCCAGACCCCCAGCCCCAUCGCCUCACAUUUCCACUCGCUACAAGACCGAACUCUGCCGCACCUAUGAGGAAAGUGGGACCUGCAAGUACGGCGCCAAGUGCCAGUUUGCCCACGGCAUGGACGAGCUGAGAGGCCUCAGCAGGCACCCCAAGUAUAAGACCGAGCCUUGUCGCACUUUCCACACGAUAGGCUUCUGCCCGUACGGUGCCCGCUGCCACUUCAUCCACAACGCUGAUGAGCUCCAAGCCGGCAACGCCAAUGCCGCCGUACCUCCACAGAAACAGAAGUUGAGGCCUCCUUUGCUGCGUCACAGCUUUAGCUUUGCAGGCUUCUCCUCUCCACAGACUUUCCAACCAGUUGAGGAGCCACAGCCUUCCUCCCUCCUCUUCACCCGAGCCUCCUCUGUCUCCCCUCCUCCAUCCUCCACAGGGAGCCCAGAACUCCUCUCACCUCUCUUUCCUGAGCCGGGAGCGCUGAAGCAUUGCCCCUACCCCUUCUCUAGCAUCACCGACCUGGCGGGCGACAGCGGUGAUUCAGCUCUGCGCUUCUACGCCGUGACCGAUUCCAUCAGUGCCAAGUGUCCCACCUCAAAUUUCGCCUCCAAAAACCCAAACCUCCCUUACCACCACCUCCCCCAGCAGCUGCCUGUCUCUCUGAGCAGCCUCCCCGGCCUUCAGCGCUGCUCCUCAGCUGACUCCCUCUCUGAGGAAGGCUACACUUCUUCCUGCUCCCUCAGCUCUUCCUCCAGCGGCACAGAGUCACCAAGCUUCGAGGGUCGACGUCUGCCCAUCUUUAGCCGCCUGUCUGUUUCAGACGAGUAGGGAAGGGUUUUACUGUGGAGCUGAAUUUAAUCAGGGAUAGAUGGUCUAUUUGUUUUAACUCAUUGUGACCAGGAUCUAAAUAAAGCACAAACUCCAUUGUUAAAACUAGUUCAGAUACAGGUCACACAGAGUUAAAACAUUGGGUUUUUCACUUCCUCCCUGAAUGCAACGUACCUAACUUUGUGCAUAUUGCAUUUCUCAUCCAAGCAGUUGUAGCGCUGCUCAGUGUUCGUCCAGUUUUAGCUGACUUCUCCUUUUGUUUGUGGUUUUAUUGUUAUUUUUGUAAGUUUGUUCUUUUAUAUCAUUGUUACUGCUGUAUACUGUUGUAUACCCAUUUUUUAGAGAAUACUUGGAGGGUAUUUCACGUAGCUCAGCACUCGUCCUCGUGCUGUUCCUGCUCAAUUGGAAGUUCUGUGUGAGAAUUUCCUGUACCCUGAUUUAAAAAGGAUUUAAAGAUAAGUGCUGUUUGGGCCCAUGUAAGACCGGUGUGCUAUCCACUUUUUUUUUUAACACAGCAAUGUUGUUUGUCACAGAUCUUAUUUCUUAUUUUACUCCUUACAAACAGUUUCCGAGAUGCAGCACUUCUCCAGUCGUACCAAGGGCUCUCCAACUGUAUGAAGCCAUCCUCUUGUCCAUGAGUAUGAGGGCUCAAUGAUUAUGCUGUCAAUAUGCUGAUUGAUGAAUUGAUUGGUUGUAUGGCUGUGGCCACUUGACUGUAGUUGUCAGCCAUUUUAACUACCUGGCAAAGAUUCAGCUAAACUGCCUUAGCCGCAAAAAACUAGCACAAAUGUAGGCAACCCACUGACUCUCUCUAGUUACCAAAGCUGAUGUUAUAGUUCCUCUAACCUGCUACUGUUAACACCUAGCCUAGCCUUUAGCCAUGACAGUUAAUACAAGCUGUCAUUGUUAUUAUUGCUUAACACUUUUUUAAAGACUUAUUUAUCGCUUUAUGUAUGAUUUGCUGUUUCUGUCAGAGUUUGCUUUGUGAUUGUGUUAAUGCAUUAUUUUUUUUUUUCUUUACGAUGCCGGAGAAAUUAUGCUUUACUUAUGCAUCCAUGUUGUCCAUCU